CUCAUUGGUGGGAAGAGUGGGAAGGACAUGCGAGCAUUCUUCCCCUUUGUGGGAGACUGCUGAUGUAGAAACCCCAAGACGUGCCCCAGCUGACACAUCCUGUCCCCUUGUCAGCUUCAGACUCCGUCCUUCAACCCACAGGCCUCAGGACGGUGCAGGCCACAGGGGUCUGGACAUGUGUCCCCGUUCCACCACCUUCCUGGCCCUCGCGCUCUGCCUGGGCUGGGUGCACCUCACUCAGGAAGGGACCCUGCGCAGGCCCUCCAUCUGUGCUGAACCGGCCCCCGUGGUCGCCCUGGGGCAGCUUGUGACCAUCGUGUGCCGGAGCCCCGGCGGGUUUGAGGCGUUCCGCCUGGAGAAGGAGGGGAAUGCCUUGAAACCAGAUGUCAUGGAGGAACCGCCGGGCGAGACGGAGGCCAGAUUCCACAUCAUCGCGCAUGAAGGGAUUGAGGGGAAGUACCACUGCGUCUAUCAUAAAGACGGCACCUGGUCUGAGCGCAGCGCGGAGCUGGUGCUGGUGGUGACAGAGACCCCUGGAAACGUCAGCUCCCCGCCACCACAGACCUACAGCUCACCUGGGGACACACAGAUGCGUGGGGAUCACAGUAACAGCCCAGACCUGUCGACAGAGCAUGUGUAUAUUUUCGUUGGGGUCUCUGUGGCCUUGUUCCUUUGUCUCCUCCUCCUGGUUCUCGCCUUCCUCCGUUGUCAGCGUCGGAAAAAACACAGGCUCCCCGGCAGCCAAGGUGAGGAGCAGAGGCCCCAGGAAAGGGUCAGCCCAGCUAUUGACCUUCCCCAGAGGACACCAGAUCUGGCAACAGUUGGCAGACUUCCUGAGAAGGACAGGGAAGUGCCCAGCUCGGCCCCGCCUGCAGGAAGCCCCCAGGACGUGACGUACGCUCAGUUAGACCACCAGAUCCUCGCACAGAGGACAGCCCGAGGCAUGUUCCCAUGGUCCACGGAGCCCACGGCCGAGUCCAGCACUUAUGCAUCACUGGCCAGACCCUGACUCCGGACCCACCUGGCCUCUGCUCCUAGAGACACGGGAAGUCACUCCUGCAGAAGCGUGAGGCGGCCAUUUGGAGGACUUCCCUACAGAAUCAUCCCUUUCUGGAAAGCCAUGCGGUCAGCUCUCCUGGAGGCCAGAGGUGCACUCAGGAGACUCCUAAUCAGCGUCUAGGAGGUUCGUUAACCACAUGGUCCCUCCGAAAACCAACUAGAUGCUUGCAGAGAAUGUGGAGCACUUCAUUUACAAACACCCAGAGCUACAGA